AUGGACGACCUACCUUACAUAGCCUCUUUCCCGACCGCCGCCGUUCUGACAAUCUUCCUCCUCUUAGCCUGCAGAUAUGCCGGCGUAGCAGGCCCAAUCCAUCUCAUCCAUCGCAACCCCAAGUAUCUCGUACAUGCCGACACCACAGCACCACCGACUCCAAGAGUACCCAAACAGUCCCCCUUACCGCCCGACUGGUUCACCUCCCCGACCCUCCUCCCGCUUGAAAACCGCGCCCUCCACAGCACAACCUGGCACGCCCUCCUGCACUCCUCCCGCCUCGCGAAUCCCGGCUCCUACAUUACCCUGACCCUCGCGACCUACCCGCUGAUCCUGAUCCGGGGCCGGGACGAUGUGAUCCGCGCUUUCCACAACGUGUGCCGCCACCGCGCGUACGCGGUCGCAAGGAAAGAGACGGGGAAGAGUCUGGUGCUGAGGUGCGGAUAUCAUGGCUGGUGCUAUGAUGCGAGGGGCGAAUUGGUCAAGGCGCCGCAGUUUGAAGGGAUCGAGGGGUUUGAGAGGGAGGAGAAUGGGUUGUUUGAGGUGGGGUGUGUGACGGAUGGGGACGGGUUGGUGUGGGUGAACUUGGAUAGGAGGAGGGAGAGGGGGACGCCAGAGAAACAUGAGAUAGGGGAGUGGGUGAGGCAGAGGGGAAUGAGGAUGGAGGAGGGGGUGUGGGUUGAGGGAUGGGAUGUCGAAGGGGAAUUCAAUUGGAAGGUUGCUGCUCAACGGCCAGGACAAAUUGUCUCUUCGUCGCCCUUCUUCCGCAGUUACUGGAGAAACCGGCUCUCCUCAGCUGCAGGCUGGCUUCGAAAGAACUUCUACAGCGAGGCUGAGUUCCGUGCGAGCUUCGCCGUCUCUAUGCUGACGAGCAUUCACCUCGUCCCUGCGACAUCGGCAUGGGUGAUGUCAACCGUCUUUCCCAGCUCUGCCACCCGAAGCAAGGUCCGCUUCGACGUGUACUCGUGCGAAGGGGCAGAAAGAUUUGCAGUCAACCCUGGCGAAACAGAUGCUGUGAAACAGCAGAGCGAAGUUUGGGUGCAGCGACUGGCGGAGACGCAAUCGGCCAUUGACCGUGACGGUGGUGUGAGAGCGAUGUCCAGCGUGAGCCUUGAAGAGACUCAACAUGACAUCCUUAAGCGGCUCAGAGCCCAUGUUAAGCUCGAGCAGGUCGGCGGCGAAGAGAUAUACCCAGCAUCGCCGAGGCAGACCAAGCGGGACAACGUCUGCGAAGGGAAAGCUGAGAAGCUCUGCAGCCAGUUGGAGGGCUCGAGGACCGGUAUUGCGUGUGAUGUCGGCGGCGGACAGAACCCUCUGCUAGCCUGGUAG